UAACGGUUCACCGAAGAAGUACUUUCGAUUUAUAUAGCAAUGUAUUACUAAACUUCUUGAGUGUUAUUGUUUCAUACAAUUAUGUGGAUGUUGGAUGUAUUUGGUUUCCUUCUGGUAGUAUGUUAUGACGGUCCUGACAACGUGUAUUUGUACCCAUCAACCUCGUCCUACACGAUGACAGAAGGAGAUACCCUGGGAACAAUAACAUGUUCUGCCACAUGUAACCCGCCCUGUGCAUACACGUGGUCCAGAUCAGGAUCGACGGUUAGUUAUGCAGCAACACUGGACCUCGGUGAGGUGGAGAGAAUGGAGGCCGGUUUGUACGUCUGUAUGGCAAGGAACAUAGGGUCAAAUGUCUCUAAGAGUGGACAAAUUGUGAACGUCACUGUCAGAUACGGUCCCGACAACGUAUCUCUGUCACCUUCUACAACGGACUACAUGGUGACAGAGGGAGACAACCUGGCGGCUAUAACGUGUUCUGCCACUUGUAACCCGGCCUGUACGUACAUGUGGUCGAGAUCAGGCCCCAAUUUCUCGAAACGUCUUAAGUCCCUUAUAACAGGAUUAAGCUAAUCUCACUAUUUUUGUUGUUCUAUAAAAUGUGUUAUAUUAACGUCUUCAAGAAUUUUUAGAAAUUUUGUAGGAAUAAUCUGUAUGAUUAUCC